AAACCAUUUCUUCAACGCUCAUCCCAUCCAACAUAAUACACAACAACCACUACUACCAUUACCGCCGUCGCCUCCGCCACCCUCCGGAGCCAACUCCAUUUUCCCUUCUCGCCUGGGAGGUUUAAAUCAGAUUUAUUGAAAUCAAUGGAUGUUCGUCGGAGACAAACCAAGACACCUCAGUCGGUCAAAAUUGCCACCGGCGAACCACCCAUGAAACCCCACAACCACCCUCUCCCCAAAGCCUCUGAUGUCCUUCCUCUCCCUCUUUAUCUCAUCAAUGGACUCUUCUUUACCAUGUUUUUCUCCGUCAUGUACUUCCUCCUCACACGGUGGCGUGAAAAGAUCCGUAACUCCACUCCUCUCCAUGUUGUUACGUUAUCCGAAUUAGCCGCCUUGGUUUCUCUUUUGGCCUCUAUCAUUUACCUCAUAGGAUUUUUCGGCGUAGAUUUUGUUCAGUCCGUCAUUUACAGAGCAAACGAGGAUGCAUGGGAUGUAGAAGAGGAAGAAAAUGAGAAAUUCAUUAUCGAGGAAGAUAGUCGCAUGGGGGCAUCCCCGGCCACCACUCUCGGUUGUGCAGUUCCAGUUGUCCCUAUUGUCCCAGCGCAACCCACCAAGGUGCCGGUGACUGAAAAUCCGGCACCAAUAAUUACACCACAAUCAUCAGAGGAGGAUGAACAGAUUGUAAACUCUGUAGUGGAAGGGAAGACUCCAUCAUACUCGUUGGAAUCAAAGCUUGGAGACUGCAAAAGGGCAGCUUCCAUUCGUAGAGAGGCAUUGCAGAGAAUUACAGGGAAGUCACUAGAGGGUUUGCCUCUUGAGUGUUUCGACUACGAGUCGAUUCUCGGGCAGUGCUGCGAGAUGCCAGUGGGGUACGUUCAGAUUCCGGUGGGGAUAGCUGGGCCUUUAUUGCUUAACGGUACGAAGUACAUGGUGCCAAUGGCCACGACGGAGGGGUGUUUGGUGGCCAGCACCAAUAGGGGCUGCAAGGCCAUCUAUGCAUCAGGCGGCGCCAUCUGCACUUUGUUAAAAGAUGGGAUGACUAGAGCUCCGGCGGUGAGGUUCGGAACCGCCAAGAGGGCUGCGGAGUUGAAGUUUUACUUGGAGAAUCCAUUGAAUCAUGAGACUCUUUCUGUUAUCUUCAACAAAUCAAGCAGAUUUGCCAGGCUACAAGGUAUUCAAUGUGCAAUGGCAGGGAAGAAUCUGUACAUUAGAUUUACGUGCAGCACUGGUGAUGCAAUGGGGAUGAACAUGGUUUCCAAGGGAGUGCAAAAUGUUCUUGAUUAUCUUGAGAAUGAUUUUCCUGACAUGGAUGUUAUUGGCAUAUCUGGAAACUUUUGCUCAGACAAAAAGCCGGCAGCAGUGAACUGGAUCGAAGGGCGUGGCAAGUCAGUCGUUUGUGAGGCAAUUAUCAAGGAAGAGAUUGUAACAAAGGUUUUGAAGACCAAUGUUGCUGCAUUGGUAGAGCUCAACAUGCUCAAAAACCUUACUGGUUCAGCCAUUGCUGGAGCUCUUGGUGGAUUUAAUGCACAUGCUAGCAACAUUGUAUCUGCAGUUUACAUAGCAACCGGGCAGGAUCCGGCACAAAAUAUCGAGAGCUCUCACUGUAUCACUAUGAUGGAGGCAGUAAAUGAUGGAAAAGACCUUCAUAUUUCUGUUACCAUGCCUUCGAUUGAGGUGGGCACAGUUGGAGGGGGAACUCAGCUUGCAUCUCAAUCGGCUUGCUUGAACUUACUAGGAGUAAAGGGUGCAAGCAAAGAGUUGGCAGGGGCAAACGCAAGGCUAUUGGCAACAAUUGUAGCUGGUUCUGUUCUUGCUGGGGAGCUAUCCUUAAUGUCUGCUAUUGCAGCUGGACAACUUGUAAAAAGUCACAUGAAAUACAAUAGAUCUAGCAAGGAUGUUACCAAAAUUUCCUCAUAAGGGAAGGCCCACAAGUAGAUCGAUAUAGUUCCUAAAGAUCGAACAUAAAUUGUGUAAAACAAUGCAAGUCGAAUAAAUUCUAUAUAGAGUAUCGAAACUAAGGAAUAAAAAAGAAGGCAAAGGCAGGGCAGAACGGAGGAGAAGUCAGGACAAGUAACAAGCCAAGAAAAUAAAGACAAUCACCAUAAACAAUGGUCACAUUUGGUUGUCCUCUGUUUUAUGCAACCCUUUACAUUUGUUGUGUUAUUAGUUUGUACCCUUUGUAUCUAUACUUAAUGUAUAAUAUCUUUACUCAGAAUGAAAUGCAUCGAUUUGUUCAAAGUAACAUUGAAUUUGUAUUCCAAACUCAAAUUAUUGUC